CUGAGACCCCGCAUCCUCAUAUGAGGACAUUACAUUUUUGCUGUUCUGCCCCAUGAUACUUAAUUUGUAAGAAUUUUGACCAAUUGUCCUCAUCUGGGGGCCCUGCCUGCACCAYCUAGUGGUCUCAUAAUGAAAUUACACUCAUUUGAAAAAAAACAGCAUGGCGGGAAUGACAGCGCACGUCUUCUACGGCAACUCCCGACAGAAACAUGGACAAGGUAAAAAUCCUAAUCGAAUUUUAUGAUUGAAACUAGUUUUUUUAUGCACAACAAUGUCUCUAGCUUCACAUAGCAUGCUUAUUUGAUAUAUUUGAGUAAUAUUAGCAAGCUACAACGUCUGUAAACAUGACGUACUUAUUUGAGGACAUCAGGUCUAGCUUCAGUGCAAAAACGUAAAAUUUUUCCAAGAGCAUUUGUGUUUACUUCUAGUCAAAAUGUCUAAUUUCUAGUCAAAAUAAGUCUUAUUACACUUAAAAUAAGACUCAUCCUCCAAAAAGUAACGUGUUUUUAGACAAUCACCACUUGUUUCAAGCAAACUUUCACUAAAAAAUAAGUAGAAUAAUUUGCCAGUGGAGCAAGUUUUUAUUUCCUAUUWCAAGGAAAUAGAUUGUGCAUUUUUAUCAUUACAGGGWGAAUGUCCUUUUCGACAACUGAACGAUUGCUAAAAGCAAUCGAAAAUGACUCUGAGAUUGAAGAUUUGUCAGGUGGUGAAGAGGAUGAAAUCGCUCCAUGUGAAGCAACUCUGGAGCAACCUGAUAAUUGUGAUUCUGAUUAUCAACCUGAUUCUGCUGACAUAAGUGAAGAUACUGACAGCGAUGCGAGUGAGCCACAACAUAAACAGCAUCUUGAGAAUGAUGAACCUGACCAGGAUGUGCAAGGUAGCAGGCCAGGACCAAGAAAUGGAAAUAGAGAGUACUGGAAGUCUGCUCCAUUCAACCCUGUCUUAGUCCCAUUUCAAGGAUCUGAUGAACAACAAGACGAGAGAGCAGAUAUGUCGCCGGUGCAGUACAUGRAACAGUACGUUGACAUAGAACUGAUGAAAGGCCUUGCCGACUGUACAAAUUCUAUGUCAUUAGCUAAAAGUGGGAGAUCUCUCAACACAUCGGUUGAAGAGAUGUACCACUUUUUUGGAGCAUCCAUCUUGAUGUCCUGCAUCCCUUACCCACAAAUCCGCAUGUUCUGGUCACCUAACCUGAAAAUCCCUGCCAUUGGUGACACAAUGAGACGCGACYGAUUCUUCAAGCUGAGGAGCCAUCUGAAGGUGGUAAUUGAUGACGACAUUCCUGAAGACAGGAAAAAAGACAAAUUCUGGAAGGUGAGGCCUUUCAUGAAUCGCAUACUCAAAGGCUGCCAUGCUCAGGCCCGACCAGAAUCCGUCUCAAUAGAUGAACAGAUGAUACCAUUCACUGGAGCCUGUCCGUUCCGCCAGUAUGUGCCGCUAAAGCCAAAUCCAGUUGGCAUGAAGAAUUUUGUCCUGGCAACAGCAGAUGGCGUCGUUCUCGACUUUGAAGUUUACCAAGGUUCAAAGGCACUGGCUGCACAGGUGCUGGAUGCAGAAGGAUUGGGUUUGGGAGCCCUGGUCCUCAAACGCCUGACAAAAACAGUACAUCCUGGUACAAAGGUGUACUGCGAUAGGUUCUUCACCACCACAUCAGCUGCGGAAUCCAUGCUGGAGAAGCAGGUGUACCUAACUGGUACAGUCAUGAAGAACAGGAUCCCAAAAGCAAUGCAGAAGCUUCCAAGUGACAAGAUCAUGAAGCAGCAAGGCAGAGGUACCUCAUAA